AUGCGCCAAUCCUUCCGCUCCCCGACUCAAGCUUUUGAUCCUCGCCGGAUUUCCAAUACCUUGGACUUCCUCCGCAAUGCGACCGAAGUCAGGGGCCUUGAACACAGAAUCCUGAGGAAUUUGCUCCUUGUCAAGUAUUGGGACCAACCUCGGAUGAAAUCGGACAAGUCCAACAGAAGGUAUAAGCCGCUAGGUAUCAAUCAAAAUCACCCGAAAUUUCAGAGGAACAUCCGCGAGCAAUUCAAUAAAACACUCAUGCUGUUCAAUGAGAGUGUGGGAACGUGUUUACAAUGA